AAAACGCCCAGAAAACGAUCGGCCAGAAAUUUGGUCUUACUGCGACAGAAGCCGAGAAAAAGUUCUUCAAUAUUCUCUCCUUCUUCUUCGCAAAACAUUUCGGAGAAACAAAAAACACGCCAAAAAUCUUCUUCUUCGAUCGAUUGCCGCCAUUCUUAUUUUGGUUUUGGCGGUAAAAAGUGACUAGUCCCAGUUUUUCCACUAUUUGAUCCGAUACAUACGAUUUAAUGGAAACCAGUUAUCGCAAGGAUCGCUUCAGUCGCGUCCGUCGCUUCUGUCGUCCCGGGAAGCAACAGAGACGACUGUUGCAACAGGGUCGAUUAUAUGGAAACCGCGAUCUGAAGGAAAUCCUAGUCAUGGCCAGGAUUCACGUUGUAAUAUUUUUCUGCUUCAUUGGGAGUGUAUGUGUAAGAUCAGACGAAGAUUACAAAACCUGCCAGAGAACCUGGAAAAAGGUUGGAUGUUAUAAAGAUCGGGAAGGUGGUAAAAGGGCCCUUCCAAAUCAAAUGGUCAACAUUCGGGAUAAAAAAAGCAAUGUCUUUGUCCCACCCAAGUUAGAUUGGAACAAGUAUCCGGCGUCAAUACACAACCUUGCGUGCCUGUGCGCUGAAAAAGCGCGAGAAAACGGCUACGAUGCGUUUGGUCUUCAAUUCUACGGCGAGUGUUGGACCGGAGACAAUGCCAAAGAUCGUUAUUCGAUGUUUGGUGCAGCCAAUGUUGAUGAAUGCAUAAUGAGUGACUUUGAACCCUGCGAUAUCAACUCAGAACAAGAGUGUGUUGGGAAACAUAACACAAAUUACGUCUACACUCUGGAGAAAGAACAAAGCACGCCCACUGAUGGAAAAUGGAGCGAUUGGGGAGACUGGACUCCGUGUGACAAGACGUGUGGGACUGGUAAACAGGUUAGGGAGCGGACCUGCACCAAUCCACCACCCGAAAACGGUGGCAAAGACUGCGUGGGGUCAGGGGAGGAAGUACAAGAUUGCAAGCUGACUAAUUGUCCUAUUGAUGGGGGCUACACGCCCUGGGAACCUGCCACAGAAUGCACCAAGACAUGCGGAGGUGGCAUGCAGAAAUUGGUGCGAACCUGCACCAAUCCUCCACCUCAACAUGAAGGUAAAGACUGCGUCGGGCCGAACGAGAAAACUGAGCCAUGCAACGAGUUUCCAUGUCCCACCCCAUGUACUCGCACACUAGAUCUCGCAGUGAUCCUGGACGCAACUAAAAGUGUGGGUAAAGCCGAGUUUCAGAAAUCCAAGGAUUUCGCAUUAGCGCUUGUGAAUAGCAUGAACAUCGCUCCCGGUGGAUCGCAUCUUGGAUUAAUGGUGUACAACAUUAACGCCACGAUCCUAACAAAGUUUAACGAGGAAGACAAGCAAGAUCCUCUGAUCGUUAAAAGUAUUUUAGACGACACGAACAAGCUCCUUGGAAGAACCUUCACAGACAGAGCCCUGAUCAAGGCAAACGAUGAGCUCUUUACCGCUGAGGGUGGAGAUCGACCUCAAGCACCAGAUGUGCUUGUUUUGGUGACUGAUGGACGAACCAAUAAGGACAGUGUACCAUACGAUGUCGUGCUUCCACCACUUAAGGAAAAAGGAGUCAAAAUUAUUGCUGUCGGUGUUGGUAACAAUAUCAAGCACGAGGAGCUGAAAACGAUCGCUAUGGGCUUUGACGAGAAUGUCAUCCAAUGUAAGGAUUUUGAGAAACUGUUCGACCAACUGCAGGAAAUCAUCGAUUCUUCCUGCGAGUCAAAAUAGGGAUCAUACCAGCAGUCACUAACAAGAAGCAUCAAUUUUUGCCGUUUAAAAUAGUUUAGAAGACUAUAUAUACACAGGGAUAUAUCAAUAAAAGGAGAAAACCAAUGAAAACAUCUCGUGUACUUUUAUUAGGAAAAAGUGGACAUAAUUCUUCUUUUCCUAGAAUCCAUCCUAGUCAAAACGCCGAUUUCUGAAGCCUCAAAGAAGGCCUCAAAGCAUGCUGGUUAAAUGUGUGUUGAUAUUUAGGGGUUAAGGGGUACAUGUUACACAGAAUACUCUGUGCUGUUCCACCCCCGUGUAUACUUCACCGAAACGGCCAAAAUGUUUAACGUUCUUCAACAUUCGCUCUGACACAGGGUUAACAAUCGAAACGUUAGCUCAGAAGCUAUUUACGGUGGCCAAUCUACAUAAUCAACUCAUGUACAUGAAAGCGCAGUUGAAAAAACCAAACUAUUUUUCACAACCGUCGCCAAUGACAGAGAUCUCUCAGCUCCGAGCUUGUUUCGUUUUCUUCAGCAUUAAGUGAUCAUCUAGAAGAUCUCUGACGGAAAGACGUCGUUGAUGUGUACAUGUCUUGUUCAGGAACUUUGAAGAAGAAAGAAUAAAGAAAGAAACAUACUCAUCCUGUUACUAUCACCACCUUGCUUGAUCUCAGGCUGAUUUUCCUGGAGUAGAAAUGUGAGAAUUUUU